CGAGCCGCAGUGGCGACGGCGACUCGCCGCUUCGGCGCCGUCAGCGGGAGGGUUUGCGCGGGAGCGGGCCGGCGAGGAGGAGAGCAGAUGGCGAGGUUACCGCUCCCUCCGCCGCCGGCCAGCCCUUAAAGCAGGCGCCGGGCGGAGAGCAGCCUCGCAGCAUGGCGACUCCCCGCCGUCUCGACAAGGCGCUGAAGAUGCACAGGAAGACCAAGAUCCAUUCGGCGGCUGGUCCCAUUUGCUCUAAUUCGGGCUACAAGAAGGCGGAUGAUGAGAUGUCCGGGGCCACGUCCUCUGCAGACCAGGGAGAGGCAGCAGCUCGCACCAUUUACUUGAAUGAACCUCAGCAAAGCAAGUUCCGCGACAACCGGGUCAGCACAGCUAAAUACAGCGUGGUGACAUUUCUACCUCGAUUCCUGUAUGAACAGAUUAGAAAAGCUGCAAAUGCUUUCUUCCUCUUCAUUGCCUUACUGCAGCAAAUUCCAGAGGUUUCCCCAACUGGAAGAUAUACUACCUUGGUGCCAUUACUAUUUAUUCUAACAAUUGCUGGCAUCAAAGAAAUCAUAGAAGAUUAUAAAAGACACAAAGCUGACAGUACAGUGAACAGAAAGAAAACAAUAGUGUUAAGAAAUGGAACGUGGGAGGAUAUCAUGUGGAAAGAGGUGGCAGUGGGAGACUUUGUGAAGGUCACCAAUGGGAAGCAUCUCCCAGCAGACAUGAUCAUUUUAUCUACCAGUGAACCUCAGGCAAUGUGCUAUAUCGAAACAUCUAAUCUUGAUGGAGAGACGAACCUUAAAAUACGCCAGGGAUUGAUUCAGACGGCUAACCUCCAAUCAAAAGAAGACUUGUUGAAAAUGUCUGGGACGAUAGAGUGUGAAGGACCUAAUCGUCACCUCUAUGAUUUCACUGGAAAUCUCCGCCUUGAAAAUCAAAGUCCAGUUCCAAUUGGACCUGAUCAGAUAUUACUAAGAGGUGCACAAAUAAGGAAUACUCAGUGGGUUUUAGGAAUAGUUGUCUACACAGGACAUGACACAAAACUUAUGCAGAAUUCAACCAAAGCUCCACUGAAGAGAUCAAAUGUAGAUAAAGUUACCAAUAUGCAGAUUCUCAUUUUGUUUUGCAUCCUUCUCGUCAUGGCUUUAGUGAGUUCUGUGGGUGCCUUACUGUGGAACAGAACACAUGGAGAAGUCAUUUGGUACUUUGAUUCCAAUGAAGUCCGAUCCACUAAUUUUGGAUAUAAUCUGCUGACCUUUAUAAUCUUGUACAACAACCUCAUUCCCAUCAGUCUACUGGUGACUCUGGAAGUUGUGAAGUUUACUCAGGCUCUUUUUAUAAAUUGGGACAUAGAUAUGUAUUAUACUGAAACUGAUACACCUGCAAUGGCGAGAACUUCAAAUCUUAAUGAGGAACUUGGCCAGGUUAAAUAUCUAUUCUCUGAUAAAACAGGCACCUUAACAUGCAAUAUUAUGAAUUUUAAGAAAUGUAGUAUUGCUGGAGUAACAUAUGGUCACUUCCCAGAACUGGCAAGAGAAUGUUCAUCAGAAGAUUUCAGCCGGCUUCCGCCUCCUAUUAGUGAAUCUUGUGAAUUUGAUGAUCCAAGACUGCUGCAGAACAUUGAGGCUGAUCACCCCACAGCUAUGCACAUCAAAGAAUUCCUCACUCUGCUGGCUGUGUGUCACACGGUUGUUCCAGAAAGACAUGAAAACACCAUCAUCUACCAGGCCUCCUCUCCAGAUGAAGGCGCUUUAGUCAAAGGAGCAAAAAAACUUGGCUAUGUUUUCACUGGGAGGACGCCACGUUCUGUCAUCAUCGAUGCGCUAGGAACAGAAGAGACAUAUGAGAUCCUUAACGUAUUGGAAUUUUCAAGUGAUCGAAAGAGGAUGUCUGUAAUUGUCCGGACUCCAGAUGGUCAACUACGUUUGUACUGCAAAGGAGCUGAUAAUGUCAUUUUUGAGAGAUUAUCCAAAGACUCAAAGUACAUGGAGCAAACUCUAUGUCAUCUUGAAUAUUUUGCCACAGAAGGUUUGAGGACUUUGUGCAUCGCAUAUGCAGACCUAUCAGAAAACUCUUACCAGGAAUGGCUGGACGUAUAUAACGAAGCCAGCACGAAUUUGAAAGAUAGAACUCAAAAGCUGGAAGAGUGUUAUGAGAUAAUUGAGAAGGAAUUGCUGCUUCUGGGUGCAACAGCAAUUGAGGAUCGCCUUCAAGCUGGCGUCCCGGAAACUAUAUCUACUCUAAUAAAAGCAGAGAUCAAGAUUUGGGUACUAACGGGGGACAAACAAGAAACAGCUAUCAAUAUAGGGUACUCCUGCAGGCUUGUUUCCCAGAGUAUGACUCUCAUCCUUGUGAAUGAAGAUUCUUUGGAUGCAACAAGAGCUGCAUUAACGCAGCACUGUGAAAAUCUGGGAGACUCACUGGGCAAAGAAAAUGAUAUUGCCUUGAUUGUAGAUGGCCAGACGCUAAAGUACGCCCUUUCCUUUGAAGUAAGGAAAUCCUUCUUGGACCUAGCAUUGUCCUGCAAGGCUGUCAUUUGUUGCAGGGUGUCUCCUCUGCAGAAGUCAGAAAUAGUAGACAUGGUAAAGAAACAUGUGAAUGCCAUCACUCUGGCCAUUGGGGAUGGUGCCAACGAUGUUGGAAUGAUCCAGACGGCUCAUGUUGGAGUGGGGAUCAGUGGCAAUGAAGGCAUGCAGGCAACCAACUCUUCUGAUUAUGCAAUAGCACAGUUUUCCUACUUGGAGAAGCUGUUACUUGUCCAUGGAGCCUGGAGUUACAAUCGAGUGACAAAAUGCAUAUUGUAUUGCUUUUAUAAGAAUGUGGUUCUUUAUAUUAUUGAGGUAGGUAACAUUCUAUGCCUUGUUUGUUUCUCUUUCUUCAUUGAUAGUAGGAAAUGUAUAUACUAUUUAAACUCUCCUGUCUGUUUUUCUGUUUGUAAUCUUCAUUUGGGCAAAAUGGUGCAUUAUAGGAUUUUCACAGCAUUACCUCCCUUCACCUUGGGAAUCUUUGAACGAUCGUGCUCGCAGGACAACAUGCUUAGGUUUCCCCAGCUCUACAAAAUUACUCAAAAUGCUGAUGGGUUCAAUAGCAGGGUGUUCUGGGGUCAUUGCAUCAAUGCCUUGAUCCACUCCGUCAUUCUUUUUUGGCUUCCCCUGAAAGCACUAGAACAUGAUACAGUGUUUACAAAUGGCCAGGCUGUUGACUACCUGUUUGUUGGAAAUAUUGUUUAUACGUAUGUUGUGGUGACAGUCUGUUUGAAAGCUGGCUUAGAAACCACAGCAUGGACAAAGUUCAGUCACUUGGCUGUCUGGGGAAGCAUGCUGCUCUGGCUCGUCUUCUUUGGUGUCUACUCUACUAUCUGGCCUGUCAUUCCUAUAGCACCAGACAUGCUUGGACAGGCAGGAAUGGUAUUGAGAUGUGGACACUUCUGGAUCGGUUUAUUGCUCGUGCCCACAGCCUGCCUUAUUAAAGAUGUGGCAUGGAGAGCGGCCAAGCAUACUUACCGUAAAACUUUGCUGGAGCAGGUUCAAGAGUUGGAAGCUAAAUCCAAAGAGCUGAGGAAAUCUAUGCUGCGUGAUAGCAAUGGAAAGAGCGUGAAUGAACGUGACCAUUUGUUAAAAAGGCUGGGCAGAAAGACCCCGCCAUGCCUCUUCCGUGCUCAUUCUGUCCAGCAAGGAGUGCCACAUGGUUUUGCUUUUUCUCAAGAGGAGCACGGGGUCGUUUCUCAGUCUCAAGUUGUUCGAUCCUACGACACUACAAAGCAGAGAGCCAGAGUGGAAUAACACGGACUUCUUCCUCAUGAUUGGUGGCUGGAGGAAAGAGAUGUGGAUCAAUGUGUCCACUGUGAAUACACCCUUGAGUAAGGCUGGCAGCAGCAGCAGCGUAAACACCGGAAAACUUUUUACUGUGGCCUUAGCCAACAAGUUCGUUCUCUCUGCUGCUUCCAGACCUUGAGCACCCACCUUGUGGAGGUGGGUGGGAGAGCAGUCCUUGCCGGAAGCCAGCCGUUCUUUUGGUUUACAUGGUUUAUGAAACAUUUGGCUCUGCUGCCCAAGGUGUGAUGCUGAAAACAUUUUGUUUCUAUUGCCAUUUUUCAAAAGACAGGGCAAAAGGUAUUUGUGGUUUUGCAGAGAAAACCAAAAAAAAAAAAAAGAUGUGAUAAGGCCCGUUGCUGAUCUACUUUUGCUGAAUUCAGACUUCCCAUUUUGUCAUGCCCAGACUUAGCUGCAUGUAUGAAGCCUUUAUAAUACUCACUGUUUAUUUGACUGGAAUGUUUACAGAGAGGCAAAGAACUGCAGAGAAACAAAUAGGAGGUGGGGGGAGGAGAAGAAAGAAAUAAGGCCCCAGAACAAUCAUCAACAGCUUGUCUUGGAAUGGAUCAACACUAUACAAAAUACUUUACAGAAUUCUUAGCUGUUUACGCAAACCUCACACAGACAUCCACAAUAAUUUAUUCUGCUGUAAUACUAUCACCCAAGUCAUUUGAAUGGCAGGCCUGUAUCAAAAUUACAAUUGAAAUGCGGCUUUUUAUUAAGAUAGAUCUGGUCUGGUAUGAAACGGGGAAAAAUAUCUUAUUGUUCUGAUGAAGAGACAAAGAAAGUGUCUAGCUUUAAAUUCAGUCACAUCAAUUUAACGUUUUGUCCCCACUGUGGCUCAUGACUUAAAAUACUCCAGUGCACAUGUGCAGAGACAAGUUGGUGCCUUAACAUUUUCUGCUUGUGAAACUCAAUAGAACUUAUGAGAGCUGGUAUAAGACUAUAUAUUGGACUAACUGGACCUUAAGAAAGAUUGGAAAGAUUAGGAAAGAACUACAGGUCCAUAUUAGGUGACCCCAGAGUUUUUGCUGCAGUGUAACAAGAUCUCCUUUCAAAUCAAAUACACAGUGAAAAAGUAACCUCCCUUAAGAAAAUAUAUCACUGAAAUAAAUGAAGACUUAACCUGUAAUAACUUAAGCAUCUCUGUUUCUAUUCAUCGCUUGGAAAAAAUGGCAUAAAAAUGUUUAAAUGUUUUCUAUGGUUGUGGGAAGUAUUGCAACAAGUAGAGGGAAAUUUCACUGAGUUAUGGUUGUUUAUUUUUUCUUAAAAUCAGCCUCAAGGACAUGGCAUGGCCUCUUCAGGGAACAAUGUCCUGUGAGGAUUGGUUGUACAAAUACAUCCAGAUUGUAUUUCAAAAUAUUGGGCUAUUGUUUGGGUUGUCUACUUCUCCUGGCAGAGCUUUCUGUGCUGCAAGGAUAAUUCUGUUAAAGAGAAAGUAGCACUUUUAGUAAAGGAGCUUCUGUUUGCUAAUAAUUCUACCUGUCCUGCAUUGUUAACAUCACAAAAAAUCCUAUCAGAAAAAUAAGUUGCCAUGUCUAGUUAGCAUGCCAGUAAACAAUUGUGUUCACAGGUCCACAAAAAGGAUAUCCUCCUAACUUUUCUUUCCCAUGGUAUUUUAAUUUCUGGAUUUGUUUAAAAUGAAAUCCUGAGAAAUGCAAAGAACCCUUGCUUGAAUGGUUAAUACCCUCUCUGGGAGGUCCCCAAGGUGGUCUUUCAGGAGGCAACUGGACU